UGCUAAUGAAAAGUUUUGUUUGCGUGCAGCCAAGACAGUGACAAAAUGGUUGACGCUGCUGUUCUCGAAAAGCUUGAAGCUGGCUUCAAGAAGCUGCAGGAUGCGACUGACUGCAAGUCGCUGCUGAAGAAGUACCUCACCAAGAGCGUCUUCGACCAACUCAAGGACAAGAAGACUGGUCUUGGGGCCACCCUCCUCGAUGUCAUCCAGUCCGGUGUGGAGAACUUGGACUCUGGAGUUGGUGUGUAUGCCCCCGAUGCCGAGGCCUACGCUGUGUUCGCUCCUCUUUUCGACCCCAUCAUUGAGGAUUACCAUGUAGGAUUCUCGCAGACUGAUAAGCACCCAGCGAAGGACUUCGGUGAUGUCAACUCGCUCGUUAACGUCGACCCCGAGGGUCAGUACGUAAUCUCCACCCGCGUCCGCUGCGGCCGCUCCAUGCAGGGAUACCCAUUCAACCCUUGCCUCACUGAGGCUCAGUACAAAGAGAUGGAAGAGAAGGUUUCAUCCACCCUCUCCGGUCUCGAGGGCGAGCUGAAGGGUACUUUCUACCCUCUCACUGGCAUGGCCAAGGACGUCCAACAGAAGCUCAUCGAUGACCAUUUCCUGUUCAAGGAAGGUGACCGUUUCUUGCAGGCCGCCAACGCUUGCAGAUACUGGCCCACUGGUCGCGGUAUCUACCACAACGAUAAGAAAACCUUCCUCGUCUGGUGCAAUGAGGAGGAUCACCUCCGUAUCAUCUCCAUGCAGAUGGGUGGUGAUCUCGGUGAAGUGUACCGCCGAUUGGUCACCGCUGUCACUGAAAUCGAAAAGAGGGUUCCUUUCAGCCACUCUGAGCGUCUCGGUUUCCUAACUUUCUGCCCCACCAAUCUUGGUACCACCAUCCGUGCUUCGGUGCACAUCAAGGUGCCCAAGCUUGCCGCCAACAAGGCCAAGCUUGAGGAGGUUGCCACAAAGUACAACUUGCAGGUCCGCGGCACCCGCGGUGAGCACACCGAGGCCGAGGGAGGCGUCUACGACAUCUCCAACAAGCGCCGCAUGGGUCUCACCGAGUACCAGGCUGUCAAGGAGAUGCAGGAUGGCAUCCUUGAGCUCAUCAAGUUGGAGAAGGAAGCUUAAACUAUUUCUCAUUUACCCUAGUUAAAAGUAGCAUAUUCUCGUUUGUUGCCUAAGCUUUGACUCGACAUAACCCCAGAUAAGUUUAUAAUCAUCUAACCCUAGCCCAAGAAAAUAGGAUUACUACUAAGAGUACCAUUUUUCUCUACUAGUUGAUGUGGCAGUAGAAACUUGGUAUUCGUGUAAGAUCCCAUCUUCAUUGCUUUCCUCUAAUCCGCACAACUGGUCAGAAGUUUGCUCCAAUCGACGCCAACAAUUCUUUUCACUUCAGAAGAUCCCUGUUAUUUUUGUUUACGGUUUAUUGUUGCUUAGUGUUAGGGGUUGUGGGUGGCAGUUGGACGAAGCUUCUUUCCUCGUUUUUGAGGUGCGGUUGUUGUCCCCCGGGCACAUUCCACGGCUCUCCUGGGGAUCUUGCAUCAUUCUCCUCUCCGUUAUGGGGAAUGGGUGCUAAUGAGUGAAUACUGGGGUAGGGAGACAAAUCUCAUGUCUACAAACAAAUCGCCUGCAUCAUCAGUAUGAAAUGAGAGCAAAUAAACAGAAAAAUCCA